CCGCCGCCGCCUACGAGUCCGGCCAGGGGUACUACGAGGAGGAGCCCGAUGCGGGGGAGGCAAAGGCCCAUGCAAGCAAAGACCUGGAAGAGCAGUUGCGGUCUGUGUCCAGUGUGGAUGAACUCAUGACAGUACUUUACCCAGAAUACUGGAAAAUGUUCAAAUGUCAAUUGAGGAAAGGAGGCUGGCAACACAACAGGGAACACUCCAGCUUUGACACAAGAUCAGACGAUUCACUGAAAUUUGCCGCAGCACACUAUAAUGCAGAGAUCCUGAAAAGUAUUGAUACUGAAUGGAGAAAAACUCAGUGCAUGCCACGUGAAGUGUGUGUGGAUGUGGGAAAAGAGUUUGGAGCAACUACAAACACCUUCUUUAAACCCCCAUGUGUAUCCACCUACAGAUGUGGGGGUUGCUGCAAUAGUGAAGGACUCCAGUGUAUGAAUAUCAGCACAAACUACAUCAGCAAGACAUUGUUUGAGAUCACAGUGCCCCUCUCUCAUGGCCCCAAACCUGUAACCGUCAGUUUUGCCAAUCACACGUCCUGCCGAUGCAUGUCGAAGUUGGAUGUUUACAGACAAGUUCAUUCGAUCAUAAGACGUUCCUUGCCAGCAACACAAACUCAGUGUCACGUGGCAAACAAGACCUGUCCAAAAAAUCAUAUCUGGAAUAAUCAAAUUUGCAGAUGUUUGGCACAGCAUGAUUUUGGUUUCUCUUCUCACCUUGGAGAUUCUGACACAUCUGAAGGAUUCCAUAUUUGUGGACCAAACAAGGAGCUGGAUGAAGAAACCUGUCAAUGUGUCUGCAAAGGAGGUGUGCGGCCCUCAAGCUGUGGACCUCACAAAGAACUAGACAGAUCAUCCUGUCAGUGUGUGUGCAAAAACAAACUUCUCCCAACUUCCUGUGGGCCCAAUAAGGAAUUUGAUGAAGAUAAGUGCCAGUGUGUAUGUAAAAAGACCUGUCCUAAACAUCAGCCACUAAACCCUGCAAAAUGCAUCUGUGAAUGUAUAGAAUCUCCAAAUAAAUGCUUCUUAAAAGGAAAAAGGUUCCAUCACCAGACAUGCAGUUGUUACAGACCUCCAUGUACAGUCCGAACGAAACGCUGUGAUGCUGGAUUUUAUUUUAGUGAAGAAGUGUGCCGCUGUGUACCCACAUAUUGGAAAAGACCACUUAUGAAUUAGUGAUGAGAGCACUGCUUACUAUUUUGGUGUACAUUUUUCCAUUAGAACAAAACAAGAACAGAAAAUUCGCUAAUAUUUGGAAUUAAAUGUUCACCAGAGACCCUGUGGGGCUUUCAGAGACAGACCCAUUGUGCUUUUCUCAAGAUGUGGAAAGCAAAUGUAGAAGAGAAAUGGGGUUCAUGUUUUGUAAAGGACUCAAUAAGGACUUAUUUUCUGCCAAUGACCAAACAGCCUAGGUUCUCCUUCUUGUGAUUUUUUUUUAAAGAGAUAAUGACUAUAUAAUUUAUUUCCACUAAAACCAUUGUGCAGCAUUUCUGUUUAUAGCAGUAACAAUUGUUAAAGCUCACUGUGAUC